AUGGGAGCUCUCUCAGUUGCAUUCAUAGAGGUGGACAUGAGAGGCAAUUCCUGUAGUCUAGACAGAAGAGCUCUGAGCCAGAGUGAAUAUGUGCUGUUCUACUAUUCCAACCUUAGCGUGCCUACGGGGCGCUUCCAGAACCGGUCACAUUUGGUGGGGGACAUCUUCCAUAAUGAUGGUUCUCUCCUGCUCCAAGAUGUUCAGAAGGCCGAUAAGGGAAUCUACACCUGUGAAAUCCGCCUCAAAAAUGAGAGCAUGGUGAUAAAAAAGACCGUGGAACUGUGGGUGCUACCAGAGGAGCCUAAAGAGCUCAGAGUCCGAGUAGGUGAUACAACUCAGAUGAGAUGUUUUAUCCAGAGCACAGAAGAGAAACGGGUGACCAAAGUAAACUGGAUGUUUUCUUCAGAAAGGCAUACUGAGGAGGAGACAGUCUUGAGCUAUGACUCCAACAUGCAUAGUGGAAACUUCCAGAGCCUGGGCCGCUUCCGCAACCGUGUAGACCUGACAGGUGACAUCUCCCGCAAUGAUGGUUCAAUCAAACUUCAAACAGUGAAGGAGUCUGACCAAGGAACGUACACUUGCAGCAUCUACCUGGGAAAGCUGGAGUCCAGGAAAACCAUUGUGCUGCAUGUGGUCCAGGACGACUUUCAAAGGACAAUUUCACCAACUCCUCCAACUGAUAGGGGUCAGCAGGGGAUCCUGAAUGGAAACCAGCUGGUGAUCAUUGUGGGGAUCGUCUGUGCCACUUUCCUGCUGCUUCCGGUUUUGAUAUUAAUUGUGAAGAAAACCAAGUGGAAUAAGAGUUCAGUAAGUUCUAUGGCUUCUGUGAAGAGCCUGGAGAACAAAGAGAAGAUUAAACCAGAGAAGCAUAUCUACUCCUCCAUAACUACAUGGGAGACGACAGAGAGAAGACCAAGUGGAGAGUCAGAGGGCACCUAUAUGACCAUGAAUCCAGUUUGGCCUUCUUCUCCCAAAGCAUCCAGUUUGGUCCGCUCUUCAGUCAGAUCCAAGUAAUAUGGUUAAAAAAAAAAAAAAGUCACCUUGGGGAAUUUCCAAAACCGAGCAAACUUUCUGAGAAGGAAGAGAGACUCUUUUUGAUGGUCCCUGGGACUACUGUGCCAGCUAUUUUAGACUUGUGCAUUCCAUCUGGUCUUGGCCUCCAUCAAAAGGCUGAAGAUGGAGGGUUUGGAGUCUGGCAGGAAGGCUGAACUGCUCCAGAUAACCAGGCACUGAUGAGGGGAGGGAGACCUCAGACUUCUCCCAGAAGUGGUGUGCGGGCUGGUGAGGAUGGGGAACUGCCUGAUCUGCCUUGGGCUUUCAAGCUCUCCAUUGGACCGGAUCUGUAAUGCAAACAGUGGUUUGCUUGUUUGUUUGUUGUUUGUUUUUGUGGAUGAGCUACUAAGAGACGCACAGAGAUAUAAACCAAAAUGAAAAAAAAUUAUUUUGAUGAAUUAUCCCCAAAUAGGUGUGAUUUGUGGGAAUCAUCUUUUUUUAUGUCCUGGAUGAAAGACAAGUGGGGAAAUUUGAAGCAUGGAACUCCUGAGAGAGUGUCCUUUGAGGAGAGCCACAAUGGACUCAGCAUCUGGGGACUGGUUUGGAUCUGGGGGGGAGACUUAGGGGUAACCCACUGGAAGCAGGAUAUGAGAACAGCUGUGGGAUCUCCUCGGGCUGGGAAUCUGCAUUGACGGCUGAAGCUAGGCCUGUGGAGUUUGGGCAUCCAUUUUUUCCAAAUGCAUUGAACAGGCUUGCCAAAGCAAACAGCCAACGAUUGAAUUCUUGGUCUGAAAUAUGAGAUUCCUAUACUUUUCAUUGUUAUCGUGAGAC